GUUCCUGGGGGCGGGAUGAUGGCCGGAGAGGGCGGUGAUGCGCAUGCACGGAGAGGAGCGGAGGAGCUGGAGCAGAGGGCUUGUCUGAGUUACUGGAGGCAAGAUGCAGGACCCCAAUGCAGACACGGAGUGGAAUGACAUCCUACGUAAAAAGGGCAUCCUUCCACCUAAGGAGAGCCUGAAGGAGCUGGAGGAGGAGGAGGUGGAGAAGGAGGAGCGGCUCCUCCAGCAGUCAGUGGUGAAAACAUAUGAGGACAUGACUCUGGAAGAGCUGGAGGAGAACGAGGAUGAGUUCAGUGAGGAGGACGAACGAGCCAUCGAGAUGUACCGGCAGCAAAGGUUGGCUGAGUGGAAAGCAGCUAAGCUGAAGAAUAAAUUUGGAGAAGUUUUAGAGAUCUCAGGGAAGGACUAUGUUCAAGAAGUGACGAAAGCUGGAGAGGGCCUGUGGGUGGUCUUACACCUGUACAAACAAGGGAUUCCCCUCUGUUCCUUGAUAAACCAUCACUUGAGUGGACUCGCCCGGAAGUUUCCUGAUGUGAAAUUUAUCAAAGCCAUUUCAACGACCUGCAUACCCAAUUACCCCGACAGGAAUCUCCCCACAGUGUUCGUCUACCGGGAAGGGGAUAUAAAGGCACAGUUCAUUGGUCCUCUGGUGUUCGGUGGCAUGAACCUGACCAUAGAUGAGUUGGAGUGGAAACUGUCUGAGUCUGGAGCAAUCAAGACAGACCUGGAGGAGAACCCCAAGAAACCCAUCCAAGACCUGCUGCUGUCCUCAGUGAGGGGCCCUGUCCCCAUGAGGAGGGACAGUGAUUCCGAGGGCGACUAAGAUAGCAGUGAUAUAACAUUUGAACUUUCUUGAUAUGACACAUUGUCUGGAUUUUUAAUAAGGAGGGAAAAGCAAAAAUUUAUCAUCUUGGUUUUUAACCUUUUUAUAAUUAUUUAAAUUUUAUACAUUUCAGAUAUAAUCAUUACUGAAAAUUUUUUAAAAAAUUGCUGGAACUCUUUAAAUUAAUAAUGUUUCUUUAAGAGAAAUUUAAGCAAGCUAUUAUGUCAACAUACCUAUGUUUUCCUAUAUGUAUUUCAGCAAACCGUGAAACUGUUUAGUAUUUUUUUGACAUGCAAUUAUAUAGAAAGGAAUGUAGGGUUUACAAAUAUAAUGCGAAUAAAUUAAGUUAAAAACUA